AUGACGACAGCUGCAGGAAUGAUGCCAAGCUUCAAACUGGAGACACAGACAGACACUGACUGCUGGGAUCAGUUGAUCCAGCUGCCGUUAUCCGGUUCAGGUGACUGGGCGCCUUGUGACACCCAGAAGGUGGAAAUCCCCAGAGGAGAGAUUGAGGUGGUUAAGGGCCAGAUGGUGGUGUUACAUGCGUGGUAUAGCCCCAACUCAGACAUUUCUAAAAACUCUGUCGUUUGGCACUUUGUUGGAAACGAAUCCAAACAGGUGAUAAACUUUAGCUCAGGUGAGGUUGGGCACGGCAAGAAUGAGUUCACCAAAAGAGUUGGCUUCAGUGUGGCCAUGCCCUCAGCCAACAUCUCCAUCAACAUCAAAAACACCCAGGAAUCCGACUCCGGACGCUAUGUGUGCAAUGUCAUCAUCCAUGGAGGUCCUGGCAUUUCCGGAGAGGUGCGCCUUAAUGUCAAAGUGUGCACCAUGACAGGAAAUCCAGUGGUGAAGGGCAAUGUGACCCUGAGCUGCAAGUCCAGUCAUGGAAAACCCAUCCCUCACUACAAGUGGACCAAGGCCGCACCCAUGUCCGAGGUCUUCUUCUCACCAAUGCAGAAUGAGAGACAAGGCACCCUCAGGCUGAGCAACCUCACUAAAAGCAUGUCUGGGAAGUACAUGUGCCGGGCCAGCAACACGGCCGGCUCUGACAGCUGCUCCAUUAACCUGGAGGUUAUCACCUCUUCCAAUGCAGGUAUAAUUGCAGCAGCUACAGUGGGGUCAAUCGUGGGACUGGUGGCCAUGGUGCUCUUCCUCAUAUUCUUACUGAAAAGGAGACAAGACACUGAGGAGGAGAUAGCCAAUGAGAUCAAGGAGGAUGCCCAGGCACCAAAGCGAGUGUCAUGGGCAAAAAGUAACACCGGCUCUGACAUUGUGUCUAAGAAUGGCACACUGUCCUCCAUAGCCACCAGUCCUCGGCCUAGAGACCCCCACCAGCCCAACUUCCACUACCCAUACUCCCCCACAUCUGCUUCAGACACAGGUUCAGUGAUCAACGCCUACCAGCUGCGACCUGGAGAGGCAAACACCUUACAGGGACUUCCGGGUUACAACAUCGGAGCUACCCCUUCACGUAAACACAAGCGGCCUCUUAGUACAAAUGGGGCCCCUCCGCAGGUUCUCCGGAGCCCAGUGUUUGCCAUUCCUAACAGGACUGAGGGGGCUCAGCCUCAGGUGCCACCUCCACUCACUGUGUCCCCACAAAUCAGCUCCUCCACUCUGACACGCAUGGGAGCUGUUGCCGUCAUGGUGCCUGCUCAAAGCCAAGCUGGCUCACUAGUGUAG